GAGAGAAGCCCUUUAAAUGCGAGUUCGAAGGUUGCGACAGGAGGUUUGCUAAUAGCUCAGACAGGAAGAAACAUUCACACGUCCACACAAGUGACAAACCUUAUAACUGUAAAAUUCGUGGUUGUGACAAAAGUUACACUCAUCCCAGUUCUCUACGGAAGCAUAUGAAGGUUCACGGAAAAUCUCCUCCGCCGCCAGGCUCGACUCCCGGACCCGUAGGAAGUAGCGCCAGUAGCACGGGUUCGGGUUACGAGAGUGACGGCGGUACGGGUUCGAACAUUGGAAGAGUUCAACAGGUCAACCCGGCGGUCGGGCCGGCCUCUGUAGCACUAACUUUAACCGGCCACCAUCCUGCUUUGGCGGGAGCCGGACACCACCCCACGAACCUGAGCGAGUGGUACGUAUGUCAGUCGUCGGCAGGGAUGCCCACUCCACCCAGCAACGAACACUCGCCCGUAGGAGGACUUAUACCCCAUCCGCUACAUUCUGUUACCACCGCUUAUUAGGAAAGUGUGUACAUAAUCGAGCAACGUGGAGACUGGGUAAAUGCCCCGAGAAGCGUUCUGGUCGGAGAGAGAGAGAGUAGUGUGUUGAUAAGGGACCAGAGGGGCGUUACCCGAAGCGCGGCAGACUGCAUCCCGGAGCUGCUAUAGUCCGUCCUGUAUUGAUCCCGAAAGACGGGAGGGACAUUCCCGCACCCGUGCGGGUCACUCUGUACAAACAAUAAAUGAUGCGAACCCAUUGCGUCGAUAUUAUUGUAACAUAUCUGGGGCUUUCCAGAACCUGUAAAAGUUUUUAAAUUAAUUGUAGGUAAAUCCCGACUGGGUCUGAACGACCUUCAUUAAAUAAAAUACGUACAAUAUUGUGUGUUGUUGUUGACAUUAAACAGAA